CUCCUCUCCUCACAUGGCAUUGGGCAUCGUCAUCUGGUGGCCUCUACCCCUAACCAUGGUUAACACUUAACACCCUCUCCUCUUAACCCUAGUUAAAUCCCAGCACUCUCUGGUCUCCAGUUAUAUCUCACCCCUACUUUCUUCUCGUCUUCCACCAGUCUCUGACUCUUCUCUAGUCUCCCCUUCCCUCUCUCUGCGCUUCCAGGUUGUGCUACCGUACGCCGAUGGGUGCAAUGCGCCGCCUCUUGGUUUUCGUCGCGGUUUGUCUCGCCGUCUCCGAUGCCCACAACAUCACCGACAUUCUCGACGGCUUCCCGGAGUACAGCCUCUUCAACUCCUACCUCUCCCAGACGAGGCUCGCCGACGAGAUCAACACUCGCGAGACCAUCACUAUCCUUGCUCUGAACAACGGUGAGAUGUCCGCCCUCGCCGCCAAGCACCCCCUCCCGGUCAUCAAGAAGGCUCUCAGCCUUCACAUCCUCCUCGACUACUUCGACGCCGGCAAGCUCCACCAGAUCUCCGACGGCUCCACCACCUCCACCACGCUCUUCCAGACCACCGGCAACGCCCCCGGCAACAUCGGCUCCGUCAACAUCACCGACUUGAAAGGCGGCAAGGUCGGUUUCGGCUCCGCCAUUCCAGGCUCCCCUCUCGACUCGACCUACACCAAGGAGGUCAAGAAGAUUCCGUACAACAUUUCGGUGAUUGAGAUCAGCCAGCCGAUCAUCGCGCCGGGGGUUCUGACGGCGCCGGCUCCGUCGGCUUCCGACGUGAACAUUACUGGCGCGUUGGAGAAGGCUGGAUGCAAGACGUUUGUGUCGUUGAUUGUGAAGACUGGAGUGUUGAAGGUGUACCAGACGGCGGCGGAGAAGGGGCUCACGCUGUUUGCGCCGUCGGAUGAGGCUUUUAAGGCGGCAGAUGUGCCGGAUCUGAGUAAGCUCACCAACGCCGAGUUGGUGUCGCUGCUGCAGUACCACGCCGUCGCUAGCUACUCGCCGAAGGGAACGCUGAAGACGACGACGGAUCCGAUCAGCACGCUGGCCACGAACGGCGCCGGGAAGUUCGACUUGAAGGUCUCGACAGCCGGCGACGACGUCACGCUCAAGACCGGCGUCGACUCGUCCAGAGUCGCCAGCACCGUCGUCGACUCCACGCCGCUCUGCAUUUUCACCGUCGACAAUGUCCUCCUUCCGGCCGAGUUGUUCGGGAAAUCUCCGUCUCCUGCACCGGCCCCGGAGCCCGUGACCUCUCCCGCUCCGGCACCGGAAGCUUCGGCCCCGAGCCCCGCGGAUGCCCCGGCUUCGAUUGACUCUCCACCAGCGCCACCGACCGAGUCACCUGAAAAAUCUCCAGCCGGAGCACCUACUAGCCACUCCGAAAACACCACGUCGGAGUCGGAGAAAUCCCCCGCCUCUCCGGCCGCAUUAUUGAACGCAAUACUGACAGUGUCAGGGUCCGUAAUUAUCUCCAUCUUCUUGUCCUAAGACGUAAUUUGGCUUCCCCUCCACGACGACGUUUUCGUUGAUUUCCUUUUCGGCCUUGUUUAUUAUUCUGCGAGUUAUUAUUAUUCGGUUUUUAAUUUGGGCGUCGGUUACCCUCUGGACAUUCAUUUUUAAUUUAUUUAUUAUGCCUGAGUGAGUGUUUAUAUUUUUCUUUCAUUUAUGGAUUUUCAAUUAAUGUGAAA